UAAUCCUAUUAGCUGUUUGAUUAUGAAACCAGGCUCAGUUCCUCCGACGCAUACGAACGCAAAUCACAGUCGGCGAGAAGAGGGAAGCUUGGUUGAUUGAUAUUGAUUCUAGUUUCAAGUUGAGAGAAAAUGGUGAAUUACAUGUUGAGGAUCAAAGCCGAGCUCGAGAAUUUGACCAAUCUCGAGCCCCAAGGUGGCUGUGACGAUCCCAACUUCUCGUACUACUUCAAGUUGAAAUGUGGAAACUGUGGGGAGGUAACUUUGAAAGAGACCUGUGUGAGUUUGAAUGAAACAGUCUCUCUCCAAAAGGGCAAGGGUACCACUAAUCUUGUUCAGAAGUGCAAGUUUUGUGGGAGGGACGGAACUGUUACAAUGAUACCUGGACGAGGCCGUCCAUUGACCCAAGAAAUUAGCGAGUCUGGGGACUAUGCACCCUUGAUGUUGUUUGACUUCAGGGGUUUUGAGCCUUUGGAUUUUUCUUUUGGCAGUGGUUGGAAAGUUGAAUCUCUUGAAGGAACUAAGUUCGAUGGUGUAGAUUUGUCCGGAGGGGAUUUCGCAGAAUAUGAUGAGAAGGGAGAAUGCCCCGUUAUGAUAUCGAACGUCUCUGCCGUUUUCCAGGUGGUGAAGUAGGCGGCGCCAUUGAGGGCGCGUUUUCCACUGUUAGUAGAAGAAAUGGGCAAAAAGGCUGACCAUUUUGCUCAGGCUGUAGAUAAGUAUAACCUCAAAUCUAGCAGGCAGUGAAAUGUCUGGUUGAACUGGAUAUCUUAUAAACCUGUUGUAACUCAAAGCAGCCUAAUAAUAAGAUAUCCUCGAUUGAAAUUGACUGAA